UUGUUUUUCUCUUUUUCCAAUUUCCCAAUUAAAACCUCCCAUGGUAAUUCUCAAAAUUAAAAAUGCAAUCGACAAACAAAAUAAAACGCAACAAGAAGGCAAAAGCGCGUGCUGGCCAAAAGGUGACCAUCAAUGCAGUGCCCCAAAACAAGGCCGUAAGGCGACUGGUCAUACCGCGUCCGGACGUGUUGCACACGUAUCUGGAGUAUGGACAAAUUAAUCAGUAUUUGGAAUAUAUAGUGCAUCGCUAUUCGAACUUCGUUAAGCUCUACACGCUGGGCAUAACGCACGAGAAGCGAGAAGUGCGCGCAGUGGAAAUUAAUUGGAUGAAUCCCAAUAAUACCGAACUGCCAAUCACGAUGCGUAUGCAGGCGGCCAAACAGUCUGAGCUGCAGAAGCUCAGCGGCGUCAAGGGUCCCUCCGUGCUGAUGGGCGAAAAGAAUCGCAAUGUCAUCUUCAUUGAGGCGGGAACACAUGCACGCGAAUGGAUCACGGUGAGCACCAGUCUCAAUUGCAUUUACCAGCUGACGGAGCGAUAUACUCGCAACAUUGAGAUGCUGCGCAAUCUGCGUUUCAUUAUUGUGCCACUGGUGAAUCCCGAUGGCUACGAGUACUCACGCACCAAGAAUCGCAACUGGCGCAAGAAUCGACGACCGAACAAGGCGUCCAAAAUUGUGGGCACCGACUGCAAUCGCAACUAUGACAUUUUCUGGGAAUGCGGACCGACGCGCACCAAUCGCAACACGUACAAGGGGGAGCGACCCUUCUCCGAGCCGGAGACGCGUGCCAUGCGCACCAUUCUGGACAGCCUUGCGCCGAAUUUGUUGUUCUUUUUGUCGCUACACUCGUACGGCCAGAGCAUCAUGUAUCCCUGGGGCUAUUCACGCGAGUCGCCAUACUAUUGGCGCGAGCUGCACACGCUGGCAACUGCCGGACGCACUGCGAUCAAGACGUACAAUGGCCGCGAAUAUCGCACGGGUAGUAUUAGUGGCCUGACCAAACGCACCAUUGCCGGCUCCGUUGUGGAUUAUGUUUACGGUGUGCUGAAGACGCCCAUGGCUUUGGUAAUGGAGCUGCCAUCGCGUGAACUUGGCUUUCAGCCGCCCGUCGAGAUGAUCAGUCAGAUUGGCCAUGAGAGUUGGUUCGGCAUACGCGAGAUGUGCAAGAAUGCGUUCGAUUUGCGCCAGAUCAUCAGGCGAGAUGAGGAGCCCAAUGCGCCCAAGCCACCGAGUCACAAAGAGCUGGGCGCCGGCGAUAAUCAGUCUGACGUUCUCCCGACUAAUGCUAACGAGGAUAAAAAGAAGUCACCGAUCCGAAAGAAGCUCAAGAAACGCGCCAAGCGCACGCUGCUCACACAGCACGCGGACAUUCUUGAGCUGCAGAAGAGGCACAUGCAAAAUGCUUUAAUGCCGAGGAGGGCGAUGACGGCGCCACUGGCUGGAACACGUUCUGGAAGAGGCGAUGUGUAGCAUUGUCGACCAUGAUUCCAAGGUUGUGUGUGUGUGUUUAUAUGUAUCCGAAUUAUAUAAAUUAUAUACGUAUAUAUAAAGUAUUUGGCAAUUGAGCUGGGCUUGGUCCCAAAUUUUA